UUUCGGGUCCUGUGCCAAGCGGUGGAGCGUCUCCUGCGCUCGCUCCCAGUUCCCCGCGGAGGGGAGGCGCAGCAGCCCGGCACGGAGCGUGUCUCCAGCCGGAGGCAGGGCUCAGGGAGCAGGAUCCCGGCUCCCCACUGGUGCCCAGGAGCCAUGGCUUUGCCCAGGGCAUCUCCGGGGUCCUAAGCACCCCGACCCAAAAGGCGGGAGUCCAGCUUUUCCUGGCACCGCCCUACGGGCUGGGGCAGCCGGCGAGACACCUGCCGGAACCAGACCCCACGCCAGGCUCAGCCGCGGGACAUGCAGGUGGCCUGGGGCAGGCAGGGCAGGUGGCAUGUCGGACCUCUCCUCGAGGACUUGCCAGCGCCUUCAGGUGGGCUUGGAGCCCCCGCUGCUGAAGGGCAUCUGCUCUACCUGCUCUUGAAGAAGAUGCACUUGUUCCGGAGCUACAGCUACCAGAUCCAGCUGGAGGGCGAGGCGGGCAGCCUGCCCAGGAUACAGGGCAUCCGAUGGACGCCACUCCCUGACAGCAAAUCAGCCCCAGACUGUGGGCAGAGCCCUACGCAGGCACAUGCAGAGAAGGUUUGGAGAGCGGGGAGACUCCUGUUCAGCCACCUCGUGAGCUCCUGUCCUGGCCUCAUCCGCGAUCACAAGUAUCACCUCAGGCACCACAGGCAUUGUUGCUCCGGGAAGGAGCUAGUAGACUGGCUGCUCAGUGCAGGGCUGUCCAUCCAAACGCGGAGCCAGGCCAUUGGGGUUUGCCAAGUGCUGGUGGAUGGAGGAGUCCUGACUCAUGUGAAGCAGGAGUGGCAUUUCCAGGACAAGGAUGCCCAGUUUUACCGCUUCGCUGAGGGGGAGCUGACUCUGGAGCCUGGUGCCUGGGACACCGAGGAGCUAUUGGAAGCAUUGGCCUUUCUGGCCCAGCUGGGCCCUGAUGCGCUGCUCACCAUGGCUCUGCGCAAGCCCCCUGCCCAGCGCACGGAGGACGAGCUGGAGCUCAUUUUUGAGGAGCUGCUGCACAUCAAAGCUGUGGCUCAUCUUUCCCACUCGGUGAAGCGGGAGCUGGCCUCUGUGUUACUGUUUGAGUCACACCCCAAAGCAGGCACUGUGUUGUUCAGCCAAGGAGACAAAGGCACCUCGUGGUACAUUAUCUGGAAGGGCUCAGUGAACGUGGUCACCCAUGGCAAGGGCCUGGUGACCACCCUGCACGAGGGUGAUGACUUCGGACAGCUGGCGCUGGUGAACGAUGCCCCCCGAGCCGCCACCAUCAUCCUGCGGGAGGACAACUGCCACUUCCUGCGCGUGGACAAGCGAGACUUCAACCGCAUCCUCAAGGAUGUCGAGGCCAAUACCAUGCGGCUGAAAGAGCACGGGAAGGUGGUGCUAGUGCUGGAGAAGAACCUGCAGGGGAGCAGCUCCAGCAACCAGUCACUGUCUGCGGGGAGCAGUAGGUACUCCGUGAUGGCUGGGACCCCUGACAAGAUCUUGGAGCAUUUGUUGGAAGCCAUGAGGCUGGAUGCGACGUUCUCAGAUCCCCUGGAUACCUUGGUUGGGGAUUUCCUGCUGACCUACAAUGUGUUCAUGCCGACCACCCAGCUCUGCAGAGCCCUGCUGCACCAUUUCCAUGCGGAGCCGUCUGAGGGCUCGGAGCAGGAGAAGGCUGUCUACUCCCUCAGCAAGCGACAGAAGAUCCUGAGGCUGGUCAGCCAGUGGGUGCUGCUCUAUGGACCCCUGCUGCAGGCCGACCACAGUGCCAUAAACCUGCUGCAGCACCUCUCGGAUUUUGUGAGCCGGGAUCCUCGCCUGUGCAACCUGCUCCGGGACUCGACACAGGAUCGUCGGAGGAACAGAACACUGGAGAAUGGUGGUGGAAGCGCAUCUCCACAGCUCAAGGUUCGGAGUAGAGGGAACUGGAUCGCCAGCCUGGAGGAUGCCACGCUGAAUACUAGCUAUGCCAUCGGAGCCCAGGACAAAGUGCCCUAUGACAUCUACAGAGCUGACCACUCCUGCCUCACCGUGGUGCUGCCAGUGAACGCCUCCGUGCGCGACGUGCUCCAGUCCCUCGCCUGCCAGGAGGGCACGCAUGGCGAGUGCAUGUUGGUCAAGGUCAACUCAGCAGGGGAUAAACUGGGGCUGCAGAUGGACACCAUCGGCGUGUACACAUCCCUGGGCCUGAAUGAGAGACUCUUUGUUGUGAAUGUCCAGGAGCUGCACACCCUGACCCCUCAUCCCGAGCAGCUGGGGCCCACCGUUGGCUCCUCAGAGACCCUGGACCUCAUCAGCUCCAAGGACUUGGCCAAUCAGCUGACGGAUUACGACUGGAACCUCUUCAGCAGUGUCCACCAGGUGGAGCUGAUCUAUUACAUCUUUGGGCAGCAGACGUUUCCCAGCGCGACCACGGCGAACCUGGAGCGCGUCAUGCGGCGCUUCAACGAGCUGCAGUACUGGAUCGCCACUGAGGUCUGCCUCUGUGUGGAGCCGGGCAAGCGAGCCCAGCUGCUCAGGAAGUUCAUUAAGCUGGCUGCACACCUCAAGGAGCAGAAGAACCUGAAUUCCUUCUUCGCGGUGAUGUUUGGUCUGAGCAACACGGCUGUGAGUCGCCUCGCCAAGACCUGGGAGAGGCUGCCGCACAAAACCAGGAAGCUGCACUCGGCACUGGAGCGUAUGCUGGACCCCUCCUGGAAUCACAGAGUCUACAGACUGGCCAUUGCCAAACUGACCCCGCCCAUCAUCCCCUUCGUGCCCCUCCUUCUCAAAGACAUGACCUUCAUCCACGAGGGCAACCGCACGCUGGCAGAGAACCUCAUCAACUUUGAGAAGAUGCGAAUGAUGGCCAAGGCCGUACGUCUCAUCCACCACUGCCAGAGCCACACGUACGCUCCCAUCUCCCCGCUGCGGAGUCGUGCCCCCCAGCUGCUGGAGGACCCCCAGGCCCUGCGGAUCUCCACCUGCUCUGAGCAGUCCCUGGGCGGGCGGAGUCCUGCCUCCACCCGGGCCUACCUCCAGCACCUGAAAGUGAUCGACAACCAGAAGGAGCUGUCACGGCUUUCCCGGGACCUCGAGUCCUGAUGCUUGGGACCAGGGGUGGAGCAGGAGGGGCCAGGCUAGAACCUCCAAGGGGAGUGCUCCUCGGCCCACCAGCACAUUGUCCCUGCCUGGCUGCAACGGGGCAGUUGUGCAUGCCCUCCACCUCCUGUGAGAGGGCUGGCCAUGCAUUCCGACUGUCCCCACUGCAGAGGGACCCCACUGUAGCCCGUGUGCCAGACCGCCUGCCCAGCCAGGACCGGGGACCAUUCCUCUCAGACUUGGAGUCAGCUGGCUAGAGCCUGGAGCAGUAACAGGCCAGCCCCAAUGAUGAUAUGAAGAGAGACACGGAGGGGCAGGGCCGAGGGAAGAAGGGCUGGACACUCUGGCUUUAC